AUGCCAUUCGAUGACAUACCAGCGGUAACGAAAUACUACGUCGCAGGGGCAAUACUCUGUUCACUGGCAGUGCAAUGCGAUCUCGUAACGCCCUACAAACUCUUCUUCAGCUGGCAUACGGUAUGGGGAAAACAACAAUAUUGGCGAUUGAUCACGACAUUUAUUUUUUACGGUCCCCUUUCGCUAGACUUCCUUUUCCAUAUCUUCUUCAUGGCCCGCUACUCCCGCAUGCUCGAAGAAUCACUACCGAACUCGACCCCAGAUUUCGCCUUCCUCCUCCUCUUCUCCUCGCUAUCUCUCCUUUUCCUGGGUGGGAUGGUAGGUAUCCCAUUCCUCGCCGGAAGUCUGAGUUUCGUACUGGUCUAUAUCUGGUCACGCCGAAACACUGGCGUACGGCUGAGUUUCCUGGGGUUAUUUGUAUUUCGGGCACCGUGGUUGCCGUGGGUGUUGUUAGCGUUCAGCUUCAUACUCAAUAAUUCGUUACCUCGGGGUGAUCUGAUUGGGAUUGCUGUUGGACAUGUUUACUAUUUCUUGCAGGACGUGUGGCCGGAGCAGGAGGCGAGUGGGGGGGUGAGGGUGCUUGGUACGCCUGUGUGGUUUGCGAGGUUGUUUGAGGGACGGCAGCGUCAGGAGUGA